GAUCGUCGUCUUCCCCCAGAAAACCUCCUCCCAAAUCCCGUUAAACCCUUCCAGUUCACCGCCGAGUGACUUCCCGACUUGCUCCGAUUGGUGAUAUCUAUUGGUCGUGAAGAAGAUAAAGAUGGGACUCACUAAUUUCAUAUUGACUGUGGCUGGUGUUAGUGCGGUGGUUCUUCUACUGAGGAGCGAUGUCAAGCAAUCGGCGUCGAUCUUUAGGCGUAAUGUCAAGCAUAUACGCCAGUGGCUCGAAGAAGAAUCCUCUGCUGCUUCCAAGACAGGAGAGAAGGCAAAGCCCAAAGAACUGGAUUCAAAGGUCCCUCCCAAGGAGGACUAGGAUAGUCUUAAUGACUUGAAUGCUUGGUUUUCAACAUAUGGAGAUUUAUUUAUAAUAAGACUUGUGUAAUGUAUGGGUAUUUCUUAGCCUCUUGAACUUGCUUUUCAGCCCCUUUUUUUUCUCAUAUUCAUAUCUCCAGAGUUGUGUACUUAAGAUCCCACUUUUGUAAAGCUACAAUUUUGCUUUGAAAUUUUGACUAUGGAUUCGGCAAAACAAGUGAUGUGAGGGGAAAGGAAGGCAGAAUUACAAGUACCUGGACUUUUUCUUUCUUUCACUUUCACUUUAUGCUGGCUGCGAUACUUUUCUUUUGCUUCCUCCUUUAUCUUUAUGCCGCUGCUAUUGUGCAGUGGAUAUUCCUUUAAAAUAACUAGAAAGGACUGCU